AUGAUCAACGCCGUACUAGUAUUCAACAAUAACGGCCAGCCGCGCCUGACAAAGUUCUAUUCCCAGAUUGACGUCUCACUACAGCAAAAGCUCCUCACCCAGAUCUUCUCCCUCGUCUCGAACCGCCCUGCCUCCGCCUGCAACUUCCUCCCCCUCCCACCUCUCCUCGCCGGCUCCUCCUCCUCAACAUCCUGGAACACCAGCGCCGGCGACGAACCCACAACCCUCCUAUACCGGCACUAUGCCACCCUCUACUUCAUCGUGAUCAGCGACUCUCUCGAAUCCCCCCUCGGCCUCCUUGACCUAAUCCAAGUGUUCGUGCAAGCCCUCGACGCACUCUUCGAGAACGUCUGCGAGCUCGACCUCAUUUUCAACUUCGAGACGCUGCAUGCAACGCUCGAAGAGAUGAUCAUCGGCGGGUGCGUCGUCGAGACGGAUCUAGGCAAGAUUGUCAAGGCUGUGCGCGACGCGGGAAAGGUUGCGAAGAGGCCGAAGGAGCGGAGUGUAGGCGGGGGAGGCGGGUCGGGCAUGGGUAUGGGGAGGGGCGGCUUCAUGAGCGGGGGGGAUGUGUGGACUGGGAGGUAG